GCUUAGGGCGCCGGCUGGGACGUGGUGACGAAGGGGGUUGCUAUGGGGUUGCGUUGAAUAACCCUGAGGUAGUGGGACGCGGAGGCUGGAGCAACUGCGGGGAACAAUACCUGAACCCAAAGGAAUGAAUCCCUAAUGGUGGAGUUUCAGGCAUCAGUGAUAGGUUGAACCUGGACUCCCAGGGCACAUGCUUGCACCUGAUGAAUGAUGGCCUGAACUAUGAGCAAACGGGACUAUAUGAACACUUCGGUGCAGGAACCCCCUCUUGACUAUUCCUUCAGAAGCAUCCACGUCAUCCAAGAUCUAGUGAAUGAGGAGCCAAGGACAGGGCUACGACCACUGAAGCACUCAAAAUCAGGGAAGUCACUGACCCAGUCCCUGUGGCUGAACAACAAUGUCCUCAAUGAACUGAGAGACUUCAACCAGGUGGUUUCACAGCUGCUGGAACACCCAGAGAACCUGGCCUGGAUUGACCUGUCCUUCAAUGACCUGACUUCCAUUGACCCUGUCCUAACAACUUUCUUCAAUCUGAGUGUCCUCUAUCUUCAUGGCAACAGCAUCCAGCGCCUAGGGGAGGUGAAUAAGCUGGCUGUCCUCCCUCGGCUCCGGAGCCUGACACUUCAUGGGAACCCCAUAGAGGAAGAGAAGGGGUAUAGCCCAAGUCUUCCCCACAGGCAAUAUGUGCUGUGCACCCUGCCCCGUAUCACCACGUUUGACUUCAGUGGGGUCACCAAAGCAGACCGCACCACAGCUGAAGUCUGGAAACGCAGGAACAUCAAGCCGAAGAAGGCCCGGAUCAAGCAGAAUGCACUCUGAGGUUCCCAGGACCCCAGAUGUCCUAAAGGCCUGAGGAUGGUCAGCUUGGUUUCCCAAUAAAUGAUUUGAGCCAUUCAGCAGA